CAGAAGGCAACCUUAAACACUUGUUUUUGAUUUUGUAGUUAAGCAAAAGAGUCUUUCUGUGGUUACAGCUGGUUUCCUCUGGUUAGUAGUGAGGAGAGUGAGUUGUGAACCACUAUGCUGUACAUAGUAUAAGGUCUACUACUGUGUGGCUGCUGAAGGGUUCAGCAUCCUAUUUCUGAUGGCAUCACACCCUUCCUGAGGUGACAGCCCUCAUCUACUAUCUUCUAUUUGCAGAAAGGCAGCAAUUGUCCUGCAACAACAGCUACCCAAUCAGCAGGCUGUAGAAAAGCCGGAAAGAACCCUGUGCCUGUUGACUGUUCAGGAGCCUGUGUGGCUUUUUGAGUUCAGAGCUUUCCAGAACACAUGGUAGGCUAAGGGAUGGAGGCUGCUGAUGUGAGGGAGCUUUUCAUUGCAACAGGAGCCCGGCUUGUAGCUGAUGUACUGACUAACCUCUUCUCUAGAAAUUGGGAAAUGGGGGAUAGUUCCUCUCCAGAGGCAGCUAGGAACAGGCACUUUCGCCUGUCUCAGUCCAACAUGCGGUCCGAGGAGAGGCGGCUACGGACUUUCCAGCAUUGGGCAGACAUUGCUCCUACAUCGCCAGCAGAUCUGGCUGCAGCCGGCUUUUUCUUCAUUGGGCCUGAUGACAGGGUGAAGUGUUUUUGCUGUGGUGGGGUGUUGUAUGACUGGUUUGCUGAGGAUGACCCAAUGGCAGAGCACAAGAAGUUCUUUCCAGUGUGCCCUUUCAUCCAGGGCAAGGAGGUAGGAAACCAACAGAGGUCUCCUGCUGAAGAUGCUCAAGACAUUGUAGAGGGGCAGUUCCUGGGCAUGUUGCAAAGUUUAAGCAUGGAAGAGGCCAUCACAGGCAGUCAACCAGAAUACCCAGAUAUGGAGGCGGAAGAAGAUCGGCUGUUGACGUUUGAGAACUGGCCGUCCUACGCGCAGGUGAUUCCAGAGUUGUUGGCCAGUGCAGGCUUUUUCUACACAGGCCAGGAAGAUUAUGUGAAGUGUUUCUACUGUGAUGGCACUUUGAGGAGCUGGGAACAUGGAGAUGAUCCCUUGAUGGAACAUGCCAGGUGGUUUCCAAGGUGUCAAUUCCUGCUACAGUCCAGAGGGAGAGACUUCAUAAACAGUAUUCAAGAACCUUACAUCAGUAAUCCCGUGUCUUCGGAGGACAACUUAUAUUGGCCAGAACAACAUCUUCCCAGCUCCCAAGAGCCUGCUCAAAGACAAACAGAAUCUUGGAGAAUGAGAAGAGAAACGAAAUAUCCAAAUGAACCAGAAUCUGCUUUGAGUGUGGAGGAGCAGCUGCGCCGACUGCAGGAGGAGCGCACAUGCAAAGUCUGCAUGGACAAAGAUGUGUCCAUUGUACUGGUGCCUUGUGGUCACUUAGUGGUGUGUGCAGAAUGUGCUCCUAAUCUAAGACGCUGCCCUAUCUGCAGAGGGGUCAUCCGGGAGAGUAUGAAGGCAUUCCUGUCUUGAACCGGAAGCUUUCCGCCUUUCUUCAGAGGCCAGUUCUUUCCUGCUUGAUGAACUGGUUUCUGCCCACCAAGACCCAGCCUGAGGAGGCAUCUACUGAAGAAGCUUUGAAGUGCACGCUGGCAUUCCAAGACUCCCUACCCACCCACCACCCACCCCUGGUCAAAGUGAUGUUGCAGCCUCUAUGUGUGCUCUUCAGGACUUCAAUUUCAGCAGUGUAAAAACAUCAAGGAUAUCAUAAUCCUGCAAGCUCUUCUGGUCUGUAAAAAGUACUGGCUUUUUUAUUUUUAUUUUUUUAGGAAGAUUACUUCAAAUUUGAAAGACUGUUCUUUGCUUGCUUAUGUAAUGUCUUGGAGCAGAAAACUUUGUCGCGCUUCUUUUAGUAACUUAGUGGUUUUAUUUAAACCCUAUUUAUUUUUACUUGGAGCACAUCCUUAUUAUUUGAAUAAAAGUCUUUUUUGGUCUAUUUUGUAACAAA